GUGAUUCUGUACCCAUUAAAUCCGUGGCGUUGAACUCCCUGCUACCGCAGACGUUCCAGAAGUUCUAUCGAUACUCUGGUAGCUUGACCACACCUGCGUGUCAAGAGUCCGUCACGUGGACAGUUUUCAAAGAAACAAUCCAGAUUUCUGAGAAACAGGUUCAGGCAUUUCGUAAUUUGAGAGAUCCCCUAAACCGUGCUUUGAUGGACAACGUCAGACCUGUCCAACCAUUGAACUCUAGAACUGUCACAACUAACUUUGAUCCAGGCAUGUUACUAAACUUAAAUAUAUUAACUAUAUUUGCAGAUAUUCACUGGAGUUAUGCUCAUGGCCACGUUGAUGCCGAACACUGGGGCGACUACUACUCCAAAUGUGCUGGGGAAAACCAGUCCCCUGUGAACAUUGUCGUGGGUAGCAGCCUGUACGACACGACCAUGGGAAGCUUCAGCUUCAAAAACUAUGACAGCAUCGUGGAUCUGACAAUGGUACUGAAGAACAAUGGCCACACAGCACAAGUGGAUAUCACAAAUGGAGAAAUCAGCAUUUCAGGAGCAGGUCUACCAGAUACUUACAGAGCAGCACAAUUACACUUUCACUGGGGUUCUUCAGACAUGAUAGGAUCAGAGCAUACCAUGGACAAUCGGACCUACCCCAUGGAGGUUCACAUUGUCCACUUCCGGACAUCGCUUGGGCAACUGAAGGAUGCCGCCUCUGUUCCGGACGGUUUGGCUGUUCUUGGCUUUUUCUUUGAGGUUUCAGCUUCAGACAACCCAGCACUGACGCCCAUCAUUAAUGAAUUGAAAAAUAUUGUAAUCCCAGAGCUUUCCCCCUUUAGUCUCAAUUCCAUUCUUCCUCAAGACAAGGGGAAAUUCUUCCGCUACACUGGCAGCCUAACAACCCCUCGGUGUUUUGAAACGGUCAUCUGGUCAGUUUUCAAUGACACCAUCAAAAUAUCAAGGUCCCAGCUGGCUGCCUUCAGAAGCCUAAAGUCAUCAGAGGAGGCUGCAUCAGGUGUUAGGCUAAUGGACAACUUCAGACCAGUACAAAAUCUAAACUUCAGGGUCGUUCGGAAUAAUUUCAUUGCACCUGUAAAACCACAUUGGACUUACCACGGCGUACAUGGAGCAGAUCACUGGUACAAGGACUAUCCCACCUGUGAGGACAAACCCACAAGUCGACAGUCACCAAUCAACCUGGAACCCAAGAAAGUCCAGUAUCGAGAAAUCAAACCUUUCAAUUUCCAUAAUUAUACAUCUGUUACCAAUGUCAAAAUGGAAAUACAAAAUAACGGUCACUCAGCUCAAAUUGACAUCACUGCCGGUGACAUUCACAUUUCUGGAGGCGGGCUGCAGAACCCAUACAAGGCGGCACAGCUGCACUUCCAUUGGGGUGGGGACAACAAACACGGCUCCGAACAUUUGAUCGACAAUCAAGCUUAUCCAAUGGAGGUCCAUAUUGUACACUACAACACUAUCUACCCAGACCUCACAACUGCUGCCUCCAAGUCAAAUGGUUUAGCUGUUCUUGGAUUUAUGUAUGAGCUGACAAAAGAAUCAAAUCCAGUGUAUGAUGUCUUUGUGAAGAAACUCAAUGAGAUCCGCUCUCCAAACACCAAGGCUAAUAUUGAAGCUAUUCCUGUGGCCAAACUCCUACCUCCAGAAAUGGGAGAGUUCUACCGGUAUGAAGGGAGUCUGACCACCCCUGCAUGCUAUGAGUCUGUCACCUGGUCGGUCUUCCGCAACACCAUCAAGAUCUCAGAAAUACAGUUGAACCAAUUCCGCCUUCUGUAUUCGUCUGACGUUGACCCCAAAACGAGCAAGAACAUUCCACUGAUGGAUAACUACCGGCCUACAAUGAACAUUAACAAACGUGUUGUCCACGCCAACUUCAUUAUUUCCGAUGGCAGCAGUUUUGCAUCAAACUUAGCUCUUCUUCUUGUCUCUUUCCUGGCAACAUUGCAAAGAUUUCUUUCUUGA